UUGUUCGACGUCCUCACACGGUGGACACAACUUUGGGUCCCAACUAAAAGUCUCUUUUAAAGAUCUCGGAGUUUAAGAUACAGCCGGUAGGAUUGGACGUUGUUGGUAAGGUGAGACGAAGGCGAGUGGGAAGUUUUGUGUGUUUGUUGUCUUUUACGACACUUUUGCCCCAAGAGCUGGUGUGUUUACGUCAGCUGGGGUUUAAAUGGUUAACUCGCUUAGCACGUCCAACUAACUUAUUUGCAUUUAAAAGCCGAGCCGAUUCCAUUGACCCUCUUCUUCUUUGUAUUGGAAACUUGGAGCCCAAAAACCCUGCGAAUAGUCCACCAAAAGGCUUGACUGCACUGUGCUGAUCCAUCAGAACAGGCCUGGUUCUUUGGAAACUGCACUCUGUGGGGCCGGGGUGAAGAUGGCAGACCGUGACACUCCUGAGUUUGGGUCCUUAAAGGAAGAACUGGACUACUGGAAGGAGCAGGCUGCCAGGCACCAGCAGAGCGCAGAGGAGGCCAGGGAGGAGCUGCAGGAGUUUCAGCAGAUGAGUCGAGACUACGAAGCUGAGCUGGAAGCCGAGCUGAAAGUGUGCGAGACACGAAACCGGGAGCUCCUCUCCGCCAACAACCGCCUCCACACAGACCUGGAAAACUACAAGGAGAAGUACGAGACUCAGCACUCGGAGGCCUGCCGUCAGAUCUCGGUCCUGGAGGGCGAGCUGGCUGAGGCCACGUCGGUCCGAGACGAGCUCCACAAGUACAUCAGGGAGCUGGAGCAGGCCAACGACGACCUAGAGAGGGCCAAGAGGGCGACCAUCAUGUCGCUGGACGACUUUGAGCUGAGGAUGAACCAGGUCAUCGAGAGGAACGCCUUCCUGGAGAGCGAGCUGGAUGAGAAGGAGAAUCUUCUGGAGUCGGUCCAGAGGCUGAAGGACGAAGCGCGGGACCUGAAGCAGGAGCUGGCGGUGCAGCAGAAGCAGCAGAUACCUGACAGGUCCAGACCCCCCCUCAACGGUGUGACCAGAGAACCAUCAUCGUCAACAGCAACAUCCUCCACAACAGCACCUUACCCCACCCCGCCCCUCACUCCUCCAGCCACGCCUGCCAGACUGCCAAGCACACCUGAGCAGACCUCCACCAGAAGAGGUGAAAGUCCUCUGACCACCUCAGCCAGGAUCUCCGCGCUCAACAUCGUCAGCGAGCUGCUCAGGAAAGUCGGGAAUCUGGAGUCCAAGUUGGCGUCGUGCAGAGAUUACGUCCACGAUCAGCCGUUCGGUCGUAGAAUCCACGUCAGCAACGGACAGGGUCCGGCAACGGGCCACAACUAACCCUGAAACUCCGCCCACCUGCGUUCCCCACCACAAGGUUGGUUGGAUUUGCUGCUGCAGAUUUGUCCUCCGUCCGGCCCGGAUGUUUCGAACUCGUGUAUUUCCUUGUGACGUGGGAUGGUCUGCUAGCAGCUCGCUAUCGACAGCAAGAACUUGUCAGCACUCGCACUUACCUUCAACUGGCUAACGGGUCGUUAGCUAAUGACUGACCAGCGCAGACACGCCCCCUAUUUUCUUUAUUUUUGUCCAACACUGCUUGUUGAGGAAAAGUGACAUUUCAACUUCAAUUUGGAGAGAAGAAAUGUACUUUUUCGGUAGUCCUGAUGCCUCCAACACCUUGUGGCUACUCGUGGUACUGCGUUUAAGACUGCCUUACUUUUUUUUUUUUUUUUUUUUUUAAGAUGAAUGAAAUGUAAUCAAUGUUGAGCCUUUUAACUUGUAGCUUUUCUUCCGUCUGCACUGAGUUUAUUUUUUUUCCACUCUGAAUAAAGAAUUGAUUA